AUGAACCUAGGGGAAACCAUUAAGGAAGGCAAUGAGGCAUCCUCUGUGGAUCGAGCGAAAGCCAUGAUUUAUCUCAAAUGCCACAUCCAUGAAGGAUUGAAGUAUGAAUACCUUACGAUCAAGGAUCCGUUGGCCCUUUGGGGAAAUCUCAAGGAAAGAUAUGACCAUCAGAGGACGGUUAUUCUUCCUAAGGCUCGCCAUGAUUGGAUGCACUUGCAUCUACAGGAUUUCAAAUCAGUGGCUAACUAUAAUUCUGCUCUAUUUAGAAUUAGCUCCAAGUUACGACUUUGUGGAGAGAAUAUAACUGAUGCAGACCUAUUGGAGAAAACUUUCACCACAUUUCAUGCCUCCAAUGUGGUUUUGCAACAACAAUAUCGAGAGCGAGUUUUCCACAAGUAUUCAGACCUCAUAUCUUGUCUACUUUUAGCUGAAUAG